AUGUCCGAGGAGAAGUACGAAUUACGGCAUUCGGCCGAUAACUACCGUAGCAUUGCAUUCUUCAGCAUUGCACUUUCAACUGUUGCAACACUUGCAUGCGUUAUUUCUGUACCGCUCUUCUGCAAUUAUCUUCAAUCUGUCAAUGCGAUUAUGCAAAAUGAAGUUGACUUCUGCAAAUCGCGAUCAGCAAAUAUUUGGAAAGAAGUUACUAGAACGCAAGUUCUCUCGCACAAUGACGAAUCAAGAGCUAAACGUCAACUUGAGGGAUGUUGCGGUUGUGGACAUGCUCCAGCUGGACCACCAGGUCCACCAGGUCCGGACGGAAUGGAUGGUCUGGAUGGACCUGAAGGACCGCCAGGGCAAGACGGGCCUGACGCACCUCCGAGAAGGAUUAUAACUGAAGCUGAUUGGUGCUUCGAAUGCGCUCCAUCUCCAGAAGGUCCUCCAGGUAUAAUGGGUCCAAAAGGACCUACUGGGAAACCAGGGCUGCAAGGAGCUGCCGGAGCUAUGGGAGCUCCAGGAGUACCAGGAGUUCAGGGACCACGUGGUCCACCAGGUCCAAUUGGACCGGCAGGACCUAGAGGUCCUAAAGGAACAGAUGGAACUACCAAAGAAGUACAAGGUCCACCAGGACCAGCGGGAGCUCCUGGACCCAGAGGACCACCAGGACCACCAGGUCCACAGGGUAUUCCUGGCGGACCGGGACCACAAGGAAAACAAGGAGAAGUAGGUGCAGCUGGUGCUGAUGGUGCCAUGGGUGCUGCGGGUACGAUGGGUAUUCAAGGUGCUGCCGGUGUAGACGGUGUCGCUCAAAACUGUGGUCGUUGUGCUCUUCCACAACUUGCUCCUGGUUAUUUCUUAAAGAAAAAGCAUUAA